UUACUAUUUCAAAAUUAUAAUUUUUAUUUAAAACUAAAAAGCAAAACAUAAUGAAAUUUAUAUUAAUUAAUCCUUUUAAUUUGCAUUAUUAUUAUUUAUAAAUAAAUAAAUGAUUUGUGUUAUCUUUAUCUAGCUAGAAAUACCACUUCCUAGUAAAGUUAAUGUCUUUUGCAUCAUUCUAACAACAAAGGCACCAUUUCUUAUGUACUUCAUUCCCUUGAACCAAAAGAAAAGAAACAAAAAUAAGAGAAAACUAACAUGAUGGGUUUCUUGCCACUAAAAAAACUCAUCCUUGUUUUCCUCAUCAUUUCUUCUUUACUUAUAUCAACUUCAUAUGCAGGUCGUCAACUCAUGUUCUUGAGUAAAAGCUCAGCUGAGGAAUUUGUUGGAGCAUACGAGGAAUCACCAUUUGAAGAAGAUGGUAAUGAAGAGAUCACCGUUAUUCAUGAGAGAAUGUUAAGGCAGAUGAACACCCACGACUAUGGAAGAUAUGAUCCAUCCCCUUCUCUCCCAAGGCCUCGUCACAAAUUAAUUCCAAAUUAAUUAACAGGCUAUAGUGUUUUAUGUUAAUUAAUUAGGCCAUGUGAGAUAGAUUUGCAGCACGCUAAUUAUCUUAUUAGUGGCUAAUUAAGCAGGAUGUUUUGCUAUAAUUAAAUAAAACUAUAAUUUAAUA